AUGGAGCCUGUAGAUCUUCUGGCACUUGCCUCCCCAGAAAUGAACAGUACCACAGCCACCCUGGCGCUGCUGGCCGUCCUCCUGGUCCUGCUGUAUUGGUACUCCACAUCGGCAUUCUCCAAACUAAGCAGAGUAGGGAUCCGACAUCCUCCACCUCUUCCCUUCAUUGGAAACCUGCUCUUUUUCCGUGAGGGUUUUUGGGAAAGCCACACAAAACUCAUAAGAGAGUAUGGACCUGUUUGUGGGUAUUACAUUGGUCGCCAGAUGUUUGUGGUGGUCUCCUCACCAGAGAUGAUCAAGCAAAUCUUAGUGGCAGAUUUUAGGAACUUCACCAACAGAACUAAGCCGAAGUUGAUAUCCAAGCCAAUGCUUGAUAGCAUCCUUUGUCUUCGUGAUGACAGAUGGAAGUUUGUGCGGAGCCUCCUGACCCCAGCCUUCAGCGACACCAAACUGAAAGAGAUGACACCACUGAUAAACCAGACCUGUGACACUCUGCUGUGUAACUUGAAAGUCUAUGCAGAUUCUGGCAAAGCUUUUGAUAUCCAGAGGUGUUACAACUGCUUUACCUUGGAUGUCGUUGGUAGCGUAGCUUUUGGUACUGAGGUGGAUUCACAGAAGAAUCCUGAUGACCCCUUUGUUAAGAAUUGCAGAACAUUCUUUGAAAUGUCUUUGUUUAAGCCUCUUCUCAUUCUAAUCCUUUCUUUCCCAUUCAUAAUGAUCCCAUUGCUACGCAUUUUGCCCAACAAGAAACAAAAGGAACUUAAUGAAUUUUUUAUCCAAACCAUAAAAAAUGCAAUUCUCCACAGACACCAGCAAGAUGCAGCUCAGAGGCGCAGAGAUUUUCUCCAGUGGAUGCUUGAUGCCUGCGACUCAGCCGUGGCAGCUGAGUGCUCGGGUAUGCUCGGCCCAUCUGCUGCUCCCAGACAUGAUGAGGCGCCUCUGGCUGGCACAGCCCCAUCUGAAAAGGCUCAGAAGAUGCUGACAGAGGAUGAGAUAGCAGGCCAGGCUUUCCUGUUCCUGAUUGCUGGCUACGAGACCACCACGAGCACGCUGUCCUUUGCCACCUACUUGCUGGCCACCAACCCGGAGUGCCAGGAGAAGGUGCUGCGGGAGGUCGAUGAGUUCUCUGCAAAACAUAUGGUCCCUGAUUACCAAAAUGUACAAGAACUCCCUUAUCUGGACAUGGUGAUUGCAGAGACGUUGCGCAUGUACCCACCUGCUUUCAGAUUCACUAGGGAAGCAGCUAAAGACUGCAUAGUGCUGGGGCAGCAUAUUCCAGCUGGAGCUGUCGUUGAAAUUGCAGUUGGACACCUUCACCACAACCCUGAGUUCUGGCCAGAACCUGAGAAGUUCAUUCCUGAGAGGUUUACAGAGGAAGCCAAGAGGGAACGACAUCCCUUUGCAUACCUGCCCUUUGGGGCGGGACCCCGUGGCUGCCUUGGCAUGAAAAUGGGCUUGUUGGAGACAAAAAUGACUCUGCUGAGGAUUUUGCAGAAGUUUAAAUUCAAGACCUGCCCAGAGACUGAGAUUCCUUUGCAGCUCAAAUCAAAAGCCACACUUGGACCAAAAAAUGGAGUCUUCAUCGUGCUGGAAUCUCGCUAAAAGGGAAUGUGCGUCCUGAAGGUUUCUGGAAUGAGAGCCUCUGUUAGUGAGUCACUGGGUAUAAUUGUUUUUCAAACCUCCAAGGACAGGUAGGAGCCUAAGUCCCACUGAUGGUCAGUAGGUGCUUCCUCACUGCUGUCCUGUGGGACAGCCUCCAGUCACUUUUUUAAAUGGGCUCCACAGUCUUUUUUGGAUGUUUUCAAAUUGCUGUGAAUAGUAUCUACAAAGAAGCAUCCCACUUUCAUUUGCUUUUCUUCAUCACACUUCUUUUCACUUAUCUGUGAAAAUGCUUUCCUCGUGCUCAGUUUCCACAGUUUACAGUAGAUUUUAAUUUCAAUUCAUUGUAUGACACAUCCUUCUCAUGAAUUUGGGAGUCCCUAGAGAAAGCCUCAAAGGCACCACAGUUACAGCAGAAGACCUGGGGUGCAGUGCAUUGGAUUUUUUUCAUGAACUCCACUAACAGUCAAAGCUGAGGCCCCUGUACAAUGCUUAAUCUCCACCUGUGUCUGUAAAGCCAGAGAAGUUGCACCUCCUCCAUGCUUUGAAGUGAUUUUAAACACACUUAGAUUAACGAUUUGCA